AUGAAGUACUUGAGCGCUGGCCAAGCAUCGCUAUAUGCUAUUCUCUCAGUUUCCUCUUUAUUCAGCAUAGCAUCGGCAUGGCCAACAAAUAAUCUUCGUCAUUCGAAAUUUGCAAGCCGUCAAUCAUCUGAUAAUCCCCCUUCUGGGGGAGCAGAAGAGGAGCCCAAGUUCAACGAAGAGUAUGAUUUUGUCAUUGCUGGGGGAGGUACCGCUGGUCUUGUUCUGGCCAAUCGUUUAACUGAGUCCGGUCGCUUUUCGGUCUUGGUUUUGGAAGCUGGUCCAAAUCCUGAGCAGGUCCGCUCAUACGAAUCACCUGGAGGCAAUCAGUUUAUCAAGGGCAGUGUGAUUGACUGGGGUCUUCUCACGACUCCGCAAGAACAUUUAAACAACCGUACACUUCAGUACCUGCGUGGGCGAACACUGGGUGGAUCAAGUACUACUAAUGGGUUGUACUAUGCACGCGGCUCCUCUAGCAUAUACGAUCAAUGGGAAAGAAAGGGGAAUCCAGGAUGGGGCUGGGAUAGUGUCUACCAUUUUUUUGUGAAGAGCACCAAGUUCAAUGCGCCGACAACUCCGGAGCUCUCUGCUUUCAGUCAGGAUUACAAGACAUUCACGCCUAGCUUGUAUGGGAGCGGCCCUCUUGAGCUAGGAUUUCAAGGCUACGUUCCCCCGUCGACUGAUGGAUUUAUUGUCGCCUGCUCUGAGGCGGCGAAUAUCCCUGUGGUCGAAGAUCUGAACAAUGGCGACGGCUUCGGCAUAAAGCACGGAACAGCAACACUCAACAGCAAACUCAGAAGAAGCUCUAGUUACGACAGCUUCUACCAGCAAGCUCACAAUCGAGCAAACCUGAGGGUAAUCCACGAUUCACCUGUCACCGGGAUCGUAAUGAGUAGCCCGACCAACUCUUCUAGCCGUCCACGUGCCAUCGGUGUGAGCUACAUUGAGCAACGAAGCGGAUUCUCUAGCCAGGCGAGAGCGCGAAACGAAGUGAUCAUUAGCAUGGGUGCAUUCCACUCACCUCAGCUACUUAUGGUCUCGGGAAUCGGACCUGCUGAAGAACUCGCUAAAGUAGGCAUCGAGCCUGUAGUAGUCAACGAGAAUGUAGGAAAACAUCUUAACGAUCAUUCAGUCUUCAGCAUCAUGGCCCGUGCACAAGAUUUUGCCUCUACGACUGACAUGUCCCGCACCCCUGAAUCUCUUCGGGAAGCCCAAACACUGUUCUACAACAACUUAACGGGACCAUACACUGCACCAUCCGGUGUCACCAACGGAUUCCAGAAACUCAACGAAUCUCAGCUCCGCGAAAUUGGUGCUGAAGCCAUCAUCGAAGCUGGUUUAGCGAAUCAGACUCACAUCGAAUAUCUCUUUGAAUCUGUAUGGUAUCCCUGGAUCCCAACCCCUUUCUGGGCACCGUUACCAAACGAAAGCUAUAUUAGUAUCACAGCAAGUAGCAUGGUACAAUUGUCACGAGGUACUGUGACUUUACGGUCCGCAUCAAUGAGUGAUUCUCCACUCAUCAACUCAAAUUACUAUGCCGAUCCUACUGAUGCUGUCAUUGGUAUUGAAUCAUUCAAGUACCUUCGGAAGAUCUUGAGGCAUCCGGCGCUGCAGCAAUUCACGCUAGGCGACUUCAAUGGAGAAGUCAGUCCUGGUCCAGAGGUUGCGGAUGACGACCAUGAGGCAAUCUUGGAAUACAUCAAAGCGAACACGAUUCCCAAUUGGCACGCAACAGGCACAAACCAGAUGCUACCUGAAGAGGAUGGGGGUGUCGUCAACUCGAAACUCCAAGUCUACGGUGUUGAUGGACUGAGGGUCAUCGACUGCAGUAUCGUUCCCGUGCUGCCUGAUGCCAAUAUUCUGGCAUCUAUCUACAUGCUUGCGGAGAAAGGUGCGGAGAUGAUCAGAGAAGACUGGAAUGACGAAGGCUAUUGA